AUGCAUUGUUACUAUGGCUCCGUGUGCCAGAUCUCCGGGGCUGAGCAUAACAGAAGCUUAAGGACACUACAUGCAACAGCCAGCGAGAGCGGGAGACAUGGGUGUUUCCAGAGACCAGACCCACCAUAUUCUCUUGGAGACAUUGAAAUAGCUGAAGUGAAUGUCAAGGGUUUGUUCGUGAAGCUCAUUAACUCUUCCCUUGACAAAGAAAUGGCAAUUGGAGAUCAUAUUCUCCAGCAAAAUGUGAAUGGACAAACCAUUUCUUUGUACCGAUUCCUUCCAAACAUUGUAAUGCAUGCCAGUUCCACAGUAACAGUGUGGGCAGCAGCAUCUGAAGCAAAGCAUCAACCUCCAUCAGAUUUUCUUUGGAAGGAACAAGACAAGUUUAGAGCAAGUCCCGAUUGUAUAACAAUCCUGUGCAAACCGAACGGUCAAGCCGUUGCCUGGUACACCCCUAUCCACUGGAAGCAAGCAUGGGAAAAAUUAGAUACUGACAUUGAAUUCAACAGGUGUUCAGUAGUAUCUCCAACAUUCCGGAAGCAUAUGUUUCAGUGGACUGCAUCUACAACUACAAUAAAUAAAGAAAAACAAGAUCAACCUAAGGAAGAUAUCUCAAAUUAUCAGGUGGAACAAGCUCAAGUUUUUCUUAAGAGAGAGAAGGAAAUCCCACCAACCGUUUUCCCCAAUCGCAGCCCUUGGUGCCAGAAUCCUUAUGUCUCUGCACAUCCUUACUGUCCUCUGAUUGAACCACACAAUACAUCCACCACUGGAGGCAACUUGGAUAGACAGCCCAGGUCUCCAUCAACCAGACCUAAUCGAGCCUCAGGGACUAAGAAAAAGACAUCUGAGUCACAAAAGCAAUAAGCAGUCAACUCAACCUUUAAAGACUUUCAGGAUUAAGCAUUUCCUGGCAAGAAACAAAAGCAAAAUCAUCCCAUUGCCCAGUGGAUUUGGAUGAAAACUGGUAAUAAAAUCAGGUACAACACCAAAAGGAGACAUUGGAGAAGAA